AUGACCACUCUUAUUCCCCGCGAGCCUUAUACUAAGGACGAGCUCGCUCAACUGUACCCGCGAGGCCUGAAGUUGCAACUGGUGCAAGUGUUCCUUCGCCAUGGUGAACGCACACCCGUCUCAUCGCGAUUCACAAAUAUGGCUUCCAACAGCGAUGACCUCUCAUCAUGGAACGGAUUCCAAUGGCACCGGAAAAUGGAGUCAUUUGGCAAUAAUGACCAAGCGAUCAUUACUACAGGAGCGGGAGGAAAAGCCGAAGCAAUGUGCUUGCAUGGGGAGCUCACCGAUAAGGGCCGUGAAACGACAUAUGCGCUCGGGCAACGGCUGCGCCAUCUCUACGUUGACCAACUCGGAUUCAUGCCGCAGAUCAAGCCCGAUUCCGAAGAUAUGUACCUGCGCGCCACGCCUAUCCCUCGUGCUCUGGAGUCCCUCCAGCAGGCAUUUUGGGGCAUGUACCCAGCGAGCGCGCGCACGCUGGACUUCCCGCCGCCAGUUAUUGUUGCCCGUCAGGUCAAUGAAGAGACUCUGUUCCCCAAUGAGGGGAAUUGUAGACGGUUCCGACAGCUGGCGCGACUUUUUGCCGACCGCGCGGCAAGCCGAUGGAACGACUCUGAACAGAUGAUGUACUUGAACAGCCUCUGGUCAAAAUACAUGCCCGAGGAAUCGCCCAAGGUUGCUGUCGAUGCUCACCCUCGUCUUUCUGGAAUCAUGGAUACUAUCAACGCAACUGACGCCCAUGGCCCUGCCACUAAGCUCCCAUCCGAGUUCUAUGACAAGAAGGGUCGUGCUGUUUUGGACCGUAUUGCGGUCGAGGAAUGGUUUGCCGGUUACGGUGAGAGCAGCGAGUACCGCAAACUGGGCAUUGGUGCUCUCAUGGGUGAUGUGGUUGACCGCAUGGUCAGCACUGCCGUGGAGGGAGGCUGGCGUAGUGAGACCUCUGCGUCUGGAUCAGGCAAUGCGCAAACUGGCAAGGCUAUCAAGUUCGCCAUGAGCGGUUGCCACGACACCACUCUCGCAGCGAUCCUGUCCAGUGUCGGUGGAUUCCAGGAUGAGUCAUGGCCACCAUUCACUUCCUCGGUUGCAGUCGAACUAUUCUCCCAGACUCCUCGCUCGGAUUCCAGCGCUGGCGCAAUGCUCGAGGAGUUCUCCAACCCUUCCAUCGCAGCCAAGAAGCCCGGUGUCCUCUCCAAGCUGUUCGGUAAGUCCACACCGAAGGAACCCAUCACGUCCGAGACUGCGCGCACACCUCUUGGAGCCCUCCAUGAGGGCGCUCGCGAGUCUCUUCAGAAGCACUAUGUCCGCAUUCGCUAUAAUGAUCGACCUGUCCGUAUCCCCGGCUGUGCCGCUAAGCCCGAGAACCACUUGCCCGGUGAUGAAACUUUCUGCACCUUGGACGCCUUCAAGGAGAUUGUUGACAAGUUCACUCCCAAGGACUGGCAAAGCGAGUGCACUGCAAACCUUGGCGCUGGGCUUCAUGGCCCUGACGAUCGGGAAAAGUCCCCGGCCGGCUUUUAG